AUGUCUCUCAUAAUGAACUCUAACAAUUCACCCCUUGAUUUGUGUUCUCCAUUGAUGGACCAAAAAAAUGAUGAGAAAGGUUCCAUUAUUUUCGAUACUUUGAAAAAGCAAACAAACAUUCCAACUGAGUUUAUUUGGCCAAACAGCGACUUGGUCAAUACCCAACAAGAGCUUAACGAGCCCUUGAUAGACUUGGAAGGAUUCAUGAAGGGUGAUGAAAGUGCCACAGCUGAAGCCAUUCAGCUUGUGAGAAAUGGCUGUUUGGAGCAUGGAUUCUUUCAAGUGAUCAAUCAUGGCGUCGAUGCAAGUCUCAUAAAUGCAGCCUACGAAGAAAUUGAUUCUAUUUUCAACCUUCCUCUUGAAAAGAAACUCAGCAUUCCAAGGAAGCCUUUCCAGGUUUUUGGAUACUCUGGUGCUCAUGCUGAUCGUUUCUCAUCCAAGUUGCCUUGGAAGGAAACGUUGUCUUUUGGGUUCCCUUACGGCGAGAAUGACUCCAACCCUGUUAUUCUUAACUACUUCAAAUCUGUUCUGGGAGAAGAUUUUGAACGCACAGGGUGGGUUUAUCAAAGGUAUUGUGAAGCAAUGAAGAAGUUAUCAGAUGUGAUUUUUGAGCUUUUGGCGAUUAGCUUGGGAAUAGAUCAACUGCACUAUAAGAAAUUUUUCGAAGAUGGGUACUCAAUCACGAGGUGCAACUAUUAUCCUCCUUGCAAUAAUUCAAGCCUCACUAUGGGAACUGGCCCUCAUAGUGACCCAACAGCCUUAACAAUCCUUCAUCAAGACCAAACUGGCGGCCUUGAAGUUUUUGUAAAUGAUAAGUGGCAAACAGUCCGACCUCGACAAGAUGCCCUAGUCAUAAAUCUUGGCGACACAUUCAUGGCAUUAUCAAAUGGGAAAUACAAGAGCUGCCUGCACAGAGCAGUGGUGAACAGUGACAAAGAAAGAAGAUCAAUAGUGUUUUUUGUGUGUCCAAAAGGUGACAAAGAGGUGAGGCCCACAGAAGAUCUUGUUAACAAAGAAGGGUCAAGGAUUUACCCAGAUUUCACAUGGUCAGACUUGAUGGGGUUCACUUUGAAGCACCAUAGGCCUGAUGCUGCUACUCUGCCCGCCUUUGUCGAAUGGCUUGCAUCUUCCAAAUCAUCUAACUCCUAGUUGCUUUUGGAUGAAUUUGAAUCAUUUCUAUGUCUCUAGCUAUGUGAAUGUAAUUUGGGUUUGUGGCUACUAUUAUGUAACUCUUAUGUUAUGUUGUAAGAGUGGUUUUUGUGAUCUUGUACCCAAUGUUUUUAGAGUGACAAAUAAAUUCUCUACCUAGUGAUUUUAGAUAAAAAAAUUAUGUUUAUGUUGCCAAAGUUAAACUAC